UCUUAGCCAGGCAUCGUCAGUACGUGUGUGGGAGACAAUGGAGGACAGCACAGAAGAGGACAUUGAGUCUCUGAUUGAGGGGAUGGCCUACAUCCCUGGCCACUUUCAUUUGAAUCUGAAUCUGAAUGGUGAACCCAAUGGACCAGCCACACUUCGGCACCGAGACACCCAGCUCAAGUGUGAGAGCCUUAGGGCUGAGCUCGAAGCUGAGACGGGACGACUACAGUACGCUGUGCACAAUAUUCUGGGCCUGCUGGCCUUUCAUAUGGAUGAACUAGAGAUGGCAGAAGAGGCCUUUCACAGCAUCUGCCAAGAGGAUCCAGAAAACCUCAACGCCUGGGCCAACCUGGGUUAUGUAUACGAACGCCUGGGUCGAGAGCUGGAAGAGGGGGAGUGCAUGGAGCGUGUGGCUGCCCUCAUGGGGCAAGAGAUGGGGGAGAACCAGACAGACUGCAGGCUCAGGGUGGCACGAUGCUUGGCUGAACAGGCGUAUGUACAUCCUCAUGACGUGGAGCUGGAGAGGGACGAAGAUUUACGGGAGAGACUGACAGCUGCGCUUAUGUUAUACAACCGUGCACUCGAUUACGGAGAGGAACUGAUCCCAAUAGAGGAAAAAAGAAGUUGGUACUUCAAAAUGGCAACAAUUUACAUAAGGUUAGAUGGAAUUGUGAGGGAUUCAAAAGACAUUGACCUAACAAGACUGACCUAUUUCAACAAGGGCCUCAAGCUUCUCACAGAGACUCUACAAUCUGACAACACACAUCUCAAAGCCAUGGCCUGGUGUUAUGUUGGUCUCAUGCUGGAGCGGACGGAGGAGUUCUCCACUGUGCCAAUGUCAGUCCAUGACUGUGGUUUCUCUGGAUCUGACCCUUUGACGUGUUAUGGAUCGGCCAUUAAGCUCGCCACAGAGGAUGCAUUCAUACUCAACAGGCUAACGGACGUGUUCUUCCUGUCAGGCAAACUGGAGAUGGCCUUAGGCAUCUGUAACAUGGCACUGAGUGUCCUGCCUGAUGCAGAACUCAACUGGCAGGCAUACUGUACACGUGCCAAGCUUAGUGUCACCACUUAUGCAAAGGAUCUUGAUAAAGCGAAGUGUGGCCAAGGUGGAAUCCCUGACCGUCAGAUUCUAAAAGAGGCUCGUGCUGACCUGGAACGUGUUUUGGCUGUCCGACCCUGUUUGAGGACUCAUUUGGAGAUGGGUCAGGUUUACUACUACAUGGGUGUUGACGCCCUACAGGAGAGCCUGUUGGUCGAUGAGAUGGCGAUAAACCAGGCCCUGGUUAGUCUAGCUAAAGCGCUGCAGUGUCCUCUCGGCUCUACAAUCUCUAAACUACAGCUCCUGCGGGGUCGCUGCCUGCUGCUGAAAGGAGAGGAGCAGAACGCCAUCGACUGUUUCAGGAAAGCGCUUGAACUGGAACCUCCUAGCGUCCAAAACACGAUGGUCCUGCGCUGCCUGCUACAGGCCAUUCUUGUGAGCUUCACCCAAUGCGGGAGAGACACAGAUCACACUAUAAUCCAAUUGGAAGAAUGUUUAAAGGAGGCGGAAGAGCGAUAUGGAAUAGACGUUGUUCAGACUGAGUUAAAAGCGCUAUGCCGAGCACAUACGGAUGAGGUGACGGAGCUCUCCAAAGAUCUGAUCAGGAAAGGAAGGUUGGAAGUGGUUAGAAAGUUGCUGAGGAGCGUACAGCCACAAGGGAAAAAGUUUUCACUGGGCAGGUCCAUUUCUAUUUAAAAGGAGCAAUGGGAAGCUGACUCCAGAUGUUGUGCAUGUUAAGGCAGUAAUUAACAAUAAUGCAGCUUACUAUUUCAAACUAGAGGUAUUCACUUCUGUUAAAGCUGAGAGAUGGACAAGAGAAAUGUAUUGUACAAUUCUAAAUGUAUUACUACGGUGUUAAAGAUCAAAAAGUCACUUUGGAAUACUGUCUUUUGGCUACGCUUUCCUCCAGCACAUGCCAUGAAGCGCGAAGAGCCAGUUUGACUUGAAAUAAGUGUUUUAACAGUGUACUAUGGGGUUCAGAAGCCUGAAAGUGCAGUCAACAUUAGCAAAAAACAAAUGAAAAAGACAAUUG